AUGACUUCGCUAUCUAAAUCCGUGGACUACGUCAGUGAUAUAAUCCAAAGGGAUAUCCUCAAACAGAAAUAUGCAAAGCCAAUCGUAAUAGGAGUGUCUGGUCCUCAGGGUUCUGGGAAGACUUACCUUGCGGAGCACCUUGUAUCUGAAAUAGCUCAGAAGUUCCCUGAUUUGAAUUGCGUUAAAUUCUCCAUGGAUGAUCUUUAUUUGACCAACUCGGACCAAAGACAUUUGACAAAUGAAGCAGUAAAAGAUGAUAACAAGUUACUUCAAGGAAGAGGAUUGCCUGGAACCCAUGACAUUGGGGUAGGAUUGGAAUUAUUCUCCAAGCUAAUAUCCGGAGAACCAGUCGCAAUUCCCAUAUACGACAAAUCAGCAUUUAAUGGAGAGGGUGACAGAUCUACUUCAUCAAUACCAAUUGCCAAAAAGGCAGAUUUGGUUAUAUUUGAAGGCUGGUUCAAUGGGUAUAUUCCUCUUGACGACGAUUUGGUUAGAAUUAAAUGGUUAAGCUCACUCUUGGAUCCCCAUUCGUGCCUAAAGAUUCACAAGCUAUAUCAAAUAGAAGACAUAAAUGAGAAAUUGAAAAAUUAUGCUGUCCUUUGGGACUAUUUCGAUUAUUUCAUUUAUAUUGAAACUGACUAUCAGAAUGUAGGUAAAUGGAGAUUGGAGCAAGAGCACGCCUUGAUUAAAAUGACCGGCUCAGGAAUGUCUGAUGUACAAGUGGGUCAAUUUAUCGAAAGGUAUAUGCCAAUUUAUGAACUUUUCUAUGAAAAAUUGUGUGCUGAAGGGGUGUGUAAGAAGAAAGGACAUAAUUUGAAGCUCAGAUUAUCAGAAACAAGGGAUGUUUUAGAGUCAAAUAUAUUUUAG